AUGAAAGCUUAUCAAUGGGACGGCGAAGGCUCAAGCCUCGUCUUGAGAGAUCUGCCAAUACCACAACCUGCCGCUGGAGAGGUCCAGAUCAAAAUCAAAGCUUGUGGUCUUUGCCAUUCUGACUGCCAUAUUCUCGAUGGCACAGGGUCACAAUGGAUAAAGCAUAGACCCAUCACGCUGGGUCACGAGAUUUCAGCACAGAUUACCGCACUUGGGGAGGGUGUGACGGAAUUCCAUGUCGGCCAGAGAGUCGGAUGCGCCCUGAUCGCACCUUCUACCGCCAUCGGCCUGGAUUUCAACGGUGGCUAUGCCCAAUAUGCCGUCGCACCUGCACAGGUCAUCGUCCCACUUCCUGAGAGCCUGAGCUACGAAAGGGCCUGUAUCGCUGUGGACGCGAUGGCAUCGGCUUACCAUGCGGUUGUUGGCACGGGGGAGGUGACUUCGUCGAUGACUGUGGGAGUACUUGGGCUUGGUGGUCUGGGUUCUACAGGCCUCGCAGUUGCGUGUCUCCAGGGAGCCACCGUUUACGGCUUCGAUAUCAAUCAGGAAAAGUUUCCAUCAGCACUCAAAGCCGGUGCGAAAGCUUGUCAUAGCAGCAUCGACGAAUGCAAAGAUGUCACAUUUGACAUUGUGUUUGACUUCGUGGGGAUCAACGCGACAAUGCUUGCUGCUAUCAACGCCGUCAAGCGGGAGGGACGCAUUGUGCUUGUUGGAAUGGGGGACUCAGACAUGAAGCUGCCCACUGGUUUGAUUGUUAUGAAGAACAUCGAAAUCAGGGGCUCUCUCGGUGGGCGCAAAGAACAGCUACCAACAAUGUUCGACCUCAUUGCGGAGGGUAAGUUGGAUCCACAGGUAGAAGAGGUACCCUUUGAAGGCUUGGUGGACGCUUUACAUCGACUGGAGCAGGGCAAAGCAAAGUCGAGGUUUUUUGUGAGGCCAAAUGGACCAGAAUAG